UAAUAUCAUGUUCCAUCGGAAUCUUUUAACCGACGCACCGCGAGCAUCUUGUCAGCUCCAUGCUCAACUACGUAGAGGACUAUCUGUAUUUACAGUUUUUUUUAAUACCAGAUAAGAAGACAUACAUAUUUUGGGGUUAAGCCGGGUAAACAGAAGACCAUAACACCGUCAGAUGGUAACAGGCUGUCGUCAUGAAGCUCAAACGGCAGAAACAAGCCAAGAAAACGAUAAGCUUUUACAAGUACAACUUCAGCUUCAGGGAGCCCUUCCAGGUGCUCAUCGAUGGGACAUUCUGCCAGGCUGCUCUGAAGAACAAGAUCCAGAUCAAAGAGCAGAUCCCCAAAUACCUGAUGGGCGAGGUUCAGCUCUGCACCACAAAUUGUGCGUUGAAGGAGCUCGAGACUCUUGGUAAAGAGCUGUACGGCGCUAAGGUCAUCCUGCAGCGCUUUCAGAUACGCAGCUGCAGCCACUUCAAGAGCCCUGUCCCUGCCUCCGAAUGCCUGCUGUCCAUGCUGGGGGAGACCAACCCCCACCACUACUUUGUAGCCACACAGGACUUUGGGGUGACGGAGGAGGUGAAGCGCCUCCCCGGGGUGCCUCUGAUCUACAUCGUGGUGAACACCAUGGUGCUGGAGAAGCCGUCGGCGUCGUCCCAGGGGCGGGUGGCGGCGGUUCAGGCGGGGGAGCUGGUGACGCCCGCCCAGCAGCAGAGCAUCAGCAGCCUGAAGGAGCAGCAGGGGAUCGGCCAGGAGGAGGGGCGGGGCCGCAAGAGGAAGAGGAAGCGCAGCAACCCUAACCCCCUCAGUUGCCUGAAGAAGAAGAAACGGAAGGCUCCGCCCACCCCGGCCAUUCAGGGCGAGGGAGACGGGAAGAAGGGGAGGAGCCGGAGUAAGAAACGCAAGACGGGGGACGGGCCAAGUGAACCCGGGGGUCCGGCUGGGAGCCAAUAGAAUUGCCGGAUUCUGGCCGAGUGAUUUGUAAAUAACAUGAACUUUUUUUAAGACGCUGAUGAGUAUUUGAAAGUAUAUUGAUUACACAAUGUUGGAUUUGCGUUGUCGGUAAAGGAAAGGGAUAGAACUGUGCUUUCAACUUUUGGGUAAAUGACACGCAUACUAUCAAACAUAAAUGGCUAUCAAACAUUAAUACUCAAUAUAUAUAAACACAAUAUUGAAAGCCCACUUGUCAAAGUCUGUGGUGAUUCAUUGCUGUUGUGUAGCAAGCUGCUGAAUGGAAAUUAAAUGUAAUGUCAUACUUUAAACCAA